AUGGCCAAACUCACAUUCACAAAGCUCUUCGUCGCCCUCCUGGCCUUCUCCUCCCCUCUCUCCUCUCUCUCCGCCACAAUUCCCGACAUCCGCCCUCUCUCAGUCGAGAACCUGCUCGAGGUCCGUCAACACGGCGGGCACCACGGCCACGACCACCAACCGCACGACCCCUCCGACCCCGUCCUCGCCUCUGCGGUCGACCAAGACUGCCUUGAGGGCACCGAGUACGAGGGUAUGGCCAAGGGGUGGAACGUCACCAUCGCUGGCGUGCAUACGUACUAUGCGAGGCCGUCUGGUCCGCCCCCCACCGGGCCCCGGAAAGUGUUGCUCUUCUACUCGGACGUGUAUAGCGCGUUCUUCCCCAACAACUUUAUCCUCCAGGAUUGGUUCGCUGACCAGGGAUACUACGUCCUUGGACUGGAUUACUUCUUCGGCGACCCCGCGCAGAAUCAGAACCUCACCACUCCUCAAGAAAUCGAGGAUUGGGUCUACUGGGCUAAAGAUCGUGCUGACCCAUAUGUCCCAGCUUGGAACGCUGCCGUUCGAGCCAUCUUCCCCAAUGAUACCAAGUACGUUGCGGUAGGCUACUGCUUCGGCGCACCCUACGCCCUCGAAGCCGCUGCUACACCGGACAUCUUGGCUUCUGCCUUUGCCCAACCUGCGAUGUUGACCGAGGGGCACUUCUACAACGUCACCCAACCCCUCUUCGCAUCCUGCGCCGAAACCGACAUGACCUUCCCCACCAGCUCCCGCAACCGCAUGAUGGAAAUCUUCUCCGAGAUCAGCGCCAUGCACCACUUGCAAGUCUUCUCUGGUACCGAGCACGGCUUUGCUACUCGUGCUGAUUUGGAGGACGAGAAUGCCGCUUGGGCCAAGAACACCUCCGCUAACAGCAUCGUCGGGUGGUUCGACCGCUUCACUCAGGACUAA